CCCCUAAAAACCACACCAGACUCCUCAAGAAUCAAACCAAGCUCUCCAAAUGGCUAUCCUCUCUGCUCAAUUCGCCUCUGCAGUAGCACUGUUUGCGGCGGCUUCGCUGUGCCUGAUCGAAGCCAAGCAAGUCGGAAUCGGAGUCGAAAUCGGAAGCAGAGGAGGAGGAGGGCAGAGGGAAUUCGAUUACUUCAAUUUGGCCCUGCAAUGGCCUGGCACUUUCUGUCAGCGCACCCGCUAUUGUUGCUCCUCCAAUGCUUGCUGCCGCGGCUCAAAUGGUCCAACUGUGUUUACAAUCCAUGGAUUGUGGCCUGACUACAAUGAUGGAACCUGGCCUGCCUGUUGCACACAGAAAACCUUUGAUGAGAAAGAGAUCUCAACAUUGCACGAUGCUUUAGAGAAAUACUGGCCGUCUUUAAGCUGUGGUAAACCAUCAUCCUGCCGUGGUGGAAAAGGAUCAUUUUGGGGUCAUGAGUGGGAGAAGCACGGGACUUGCUCCUCUCCAGUAGUUGGAGAUGAAUACAAUUACUUUUUGACAACCCUCAAUGUCUAUUUUAAGUACAAUGUCACUCAAAUCCUGAAUGAAGCAGGAUACGUACCUUCCAAUACCGAAAAGUAUCCACUUGGAGGCAUUGUUUCUGCUAUUCAGAAUGUUUUCCGGGCAACCCCCAAGUUGGUUUGCAAAAAAGGUGCUGUGGAGGAACUUCAUUUAUGCUUCUACAAGGAUUUCAAGCCUCGGGAUUGUCUGGUUGGAUCUGGCAAUCUAAAUGACAAGUUAGCUUCAAGUAGCUCAUGUCCCAAUUAUGUCAGCAUACCAGCAUAUACAUCAUGGGGGCUCGGCGGUGGUGAAACUGAGAUUUCAAGUGCCUGAUGCUGAUGUUCCAAGAUCUUGGCAGAGGUCAACAUGUUGUAAAACGAUCAAUUCAUUUAAGUUUAUUUUUUAGCAAAGCUACGAAACUCGGUCCAUCUGUAGCAGUGUGGUGUAAAUUCAGUCCCCAAAAGUAGGGAAUGUUUUGCAUAGCAUUGCUCUUACGUAAUUGUAUUGCUUCAAAGCUUCUCUGUAUGCUAGAAUGCAGUGUAAAUUCAGAACCCAAAAUAAAAUGGUAAAUUCUUGGCAUGCAACUUAUAAAA